AAAUUCAAAAAGAUUCAAAGUAGUAUAUGUACUCGGAUCAUCAAUUAAAUCCAAUAUCGGCGACACAAAGUCGGACAUAAAUCUUCAUCCAUGAGUAUUAUAUAGAUCAACAAAAGAUAGCAUAAUUUUCGCGUAAAUCAGAGUUAGGAUUUGUCGAUCUGUACUGUAAUUCGAUUUAGUCAGUAAAAUGUGCUCCCAAUUCCCUCUAAAAUAACCAACAAUCUGCCUGCCUUUACUUUUAGCACCAAUCAGAUUACAACAUUUAGUGGAUUUCUGUUGCUCACUCUUUGGACUGUAGGGUUUUUCACUUUUUUUCUCCCACAUAUGCAAUGGUGGUAAAGUUGCGUUUCCGUGUUAAGUUGCCUUUUUCGAAUAUCGAUUUACAGCUGUAGUUCAAUCGUGGGUUUGAAAUCUUGGUGUGGUUAGAACAUGCAUGUGACUAAGGGUGGCUGGGUUGGGCAAACUUUUGCCCUUGCUGUGAAUGAUGAUUCAAGAGGAAGGAAGUCGAGGACCAGGCGUUCAAAGGAAGAAAGGAAGGAAAUGGUUGAAUCUUUCAUAACGAAAUAUCAGAAAUCAAAUAAUGGGAAUUUUCCAUCACUUAAUCUCACUCACAAAGAAGUUGGUGGAUCUUUUUACACAGUGCGAGAAAUUGUUCGAGAGAUUAUUCAAGAGAACAGAGUGCUUGGUCCAGCUGAGUCAUAUCUGAAGGAGCAUAACAAGUCUGAGUUUCUGAAACAAUACCCGCUGGGAUCUAUUUCUAUUCAACCCCAAAUUGAUUUCUUAUCAGAUAAAACUCAUGCUGUAAUUGAUAUCACACCUGAUGAUCAUCAGGUUACAACUGAAAAGCACAUUUCUAUCUCUAAUGGGGCAUUCCGUGGACCUGAGUCCUUUGCAUUUGAUAAUGAUGUUAAUUGGCACAGUCAGACAGUUCAGGAAAAAGAAGGAUUAGGUGAACUGAGUACAAAACACGAUGCACUCAUUCCUCAAGAUACCAGCAUGGAAGAGGUCUCAAAAGCUAGUACGCAGUUUUCUCAACCUAAGAGUCAGGAGUUCGAGAAUGAACAUAUUGCUAACAGUAGUGUUGGGCCCAGAACUCAUCAAGAAUGUGAUAGGCAAAAUUUUUCACAAUUUAGUGGGGAAGUUUCUGAACCUGGGACUAAGAGGCUUAGUGAUGAGCAAAUUGCAUAUGAGGAUCAAAUACUUGGAAGAAGAACCGAAGAAUACGGAGAGCUAGUAGGUAUGGAGUCAGUAGUGAGGGUGAGUCUGGGUAGAGAGAAAGAUGGAGCCGAACAACUGAAACAGUCAGAAGCUGCAAUAUCUCCUGUUAAUGCUGACGAUGCUGUGGAGAAAUUCCCAAUGAGGCCUCUUUCUACAACUCAUGAUGCAGAUGGAGGAUGUAGUGAAUCAAGAGACAUCACUGGAGCUUUGGGAUAUGGAGCAACUCAACACGGCGGAACAUCUUUUGAAAGCAUUUCUAGUUUGAUGGAUGAAAAGGUGGAUGAAAAGUUUCCCCGUUCAACGCUGAAAGGGAACAGUGAGUUCAGGGAUGAAAAACCACUGAAACACAAAGGCCUGUCUUUGGAAAGUUUAAAUUGCUGUGGAACAGAUGAAGCUACUGCACCUGAUAUCCAUGGCAUUAGAGACGUUGAAGUCGAGCACUCCUUGCCUGAUGGAACCACGGCCAGUGACUCUCCUGAACGGUUGAAUUCUGCGGAGUCCACUGCAGUCAUGGAAAAGCUUAGCAUCUCCUAUAAUGACAACUGUCUGAAAGAAAAUAACACUAUGAACCCGGAAAAAGCAGAAGGAACGUCGUCGAAGAAAACCUCUGCACCUGAAACCAAUACUCUUUGGGCUCUACUUAUAGCAUUCCUGUUGGCUUUUGUGAAGUUUUGGACUAAAUAAGGCGUUUUUCUUUCAGAACUUUCGUGCUCUGCAUUUCUGCUGCUGUGGUUAGAUUAGUGGUUUUAGGCUUCCGGUAGAGUUUGUUUUGGUAUAAUGUAUAAAUGCAGAAAGCGUGCCUCUUCUUCUGUCAUUAAUGUAAGACAAGUUUUGGUAUAGGUAUUUGUCGACAUUGGUGGAUGGGGAAAAUUUUCUAGAAGUCGUAGAUGUGGGAGAAUUAUGUUAUUGGUCAUUCAACUUGCAUUAAAAUGUUAUCAAAGUGACCCAACUUCAAAUUUAUUUUA